ACGGAAGUGUGGAAGCCAUCGCCCUAGUUAACGGUAAGUGAAGAGAGAUAACUUAAAAUAGAGGAAUUUGUGAGAAGUAAAGCCUUCUUCAGAAAUUGAAAAUAAGAAAAACUUAGUUACUGUAAUAAGGGCGAGAAUGUCGUACCGGUGUUAAAACGAAAGAGUAUUUAAUGUCAAGACAUGGCGAUGUAAUUAGUGUUAAAAGCAAGCCGAGUGUUUCAAGCAAACAAGUUCGGGUGAAGCCUUUGCCAACGGAGUAGGAUAUAAGACCUUUCAAGAACCAGUGGGAAGGGGCGUUACCAUAGAGGAUGCGUGAGUACAAGAUUGUGGUGCUGGGGAGUGGAGGUGUGGGCAAAUCAGCUCUUACCGUCCAGUUUGUUCAAGGCAUCUUUGUAGAGAAAUAUGACCCUACCAUUGAGGACAGCUACCGGAAGCAAGUUGAAGUGGAUGGGCAGCAGUGUAUGCUAGAAAUUCUAGAUACAGCUGGCACGGAACAAUUUACAGCAAUGAGGGAUCUAUAUAUGAAAAAUGGCCAGGGAUUCGUCCUAGUGUAUUCCAUCACAGCACAAUCGACAUUUAAUGAUUUACAAGACUUAAGAGAACAAAUUUUGCGGGUUAAAGAUACUGAAGAUGUACCGAUGGUGUUAGUGGGGAAUAAGUGUGACUUGGAAGAUGAACGAGUGGUCGGCAAGGACCAGGGGGUCAACUUGGCACGGCAGUUCAGCUGUGCAUUUAUGGAAACAUCUGCCAAAGCCAAAAUUAAUGUAAAUGAUAUAUUUUAUGAUUUAGUACGACAAAUUAACAAGAAGUCACCAGAGAAGAAACCAAAACAGAAGAAGAAGUCCCUUUGUGUGCUUCUAUAAGAAAGACCAAGUGGCGCACACGGUGCCAACCUGAACUGUACAUGACAUAAUGUUGUGGCCUGGCACCGACAGGAUGAGGGGUGGGGAGGGAAUGGGUUUCCCCGGCCCACAGUUAUCUUAUCAAAAUGAAUCAAUCUGUGGUCAUGUUGUUAUCCCAAGAGCCUGUCGAACACCUGGUGUUGGCCCAGGCCUGCAUUGGGUACUGUCUAAGUCCCAGGAGCAUUUUUUAGGGAGAAGCAACGCAGGAAAGGCAUGAGGAUUCGGCAGUUAAGGGUCGGUGCCAUUCUUUGUGCUGAGAUGUCAACUUCGGAGGCCUACCAAGAAGACCAGUGGCAUUUUGCAACAUGUGGGCAGCAUAUAUUUCUCUCUUUUUGGAAAGCUCCAUGUGUCACCAUAACAGGACUCGAAGAUCUCGCCAGUUGAAAGAAAACGAAGAAUGAUCAGCUAAAAAAGGUUGUAGUGAAACUACUCUUUUUUCAGUCUGUGGCCUUAAUAUAUUCUGUACUGAGUCCUCCCACCCUUGUCCCCACUUUCAUGCCUCCCACCACAGCGAAACCAUGGUCCAGAUUAGUUGGUUUAUGGCAUGACUUGGCUUCAUGCAUGCCACUUCCACCUGGCCUUCACUUUCUGACUGGACAGCAUUGAUUUGCUUGAGCUGUUCUGUCUCCACAGGCCCUGUGGACUGAAUGGAACAGAAAAACCGACCAACUAAGUGACUGUUGUCAUUCAUAUCUCAUUCUGUGUAAAGCUGCCAAGGUCUCUUUGUAAAUUUGUGCAGAAAACAAAAAUAACAAAAAAAUAUAUAUAUAAGAGAGGAAAAGCAAACAAUUAUUAUGGUGAUAGUGUUUCCUACUUUUUAUCUGGAAAUGUAGAACAAUUUAUUCACAUAAUUCAGCAAAUGUUAUACCCCCUUCCCCCCUAGUUUUCCUUCCACCUUUCACCAGAAUAAUGAAGAAAUGGUAAUUAUUGCAUAUAGAUUGUUUUUGAGUGUCAUAUUAGUUAAUUGUUAUGUAAAAUGUAUGUAUUUUGACUUGUUGCUCAUUGGCUGUUGUAAUGAAUAUCGUUUUUGUCUCUUCCAAUCCUGUCGACCUCCUUUUUCGAAAUGUAAUUUUGAAGUUAAAAAUUUUGCCGCUGUCAUAUGUAUGCUCGAAUGGCAGUACAAGGAAGGAAAACUGGAGCUUAGCAUGUGGGCCCGCCAAAGACAAAGUGGGAAAUGAAACAAUUUUGUCCUGUCUCUUCAUGCAAGCUGCUGUGUUUGAAAUGUUUUUAAAAAGACCUGGCAUAUGAAAUGCAACAUAUUUUUGUAUAUUUUUAUAUGGUUGUGUUUCUGCUUGACAUACUUUAUGUUGGACAUAAUGAUCAAAAAUAUGCUGAUGCAUUGUUGCAUAACAUAGUAGAUUAAGUAUACAUAUCUGCUAAUAUGUGAAAAUGUGAGGGAAUCUGGAGCAGUCAACUAUAUAUAUAAGUAGAUGGUGUUCAGUAAGUUUAGUUCUGCAAGAACAGUAUUUUGUCUGGUGUUGAUGUUUAUGUUUCUGCAUAAUACAGAGUAAAGAUAAUAUUUUAUCAUAUUUAAUUCCAUUCAGUAUCGUGUACGUUUAAAUGUGAAGAGGAAAAAACGCUUGAUGAGGUAGUUUUGACAUGCAUCAGAAUGUAUAAAUAGAAUUUGUACCACUUUAAUAGCCCACAGGAGAAACACAAAAAUAGUAAUCUAAAAUUGUGUAUCAUUUGCAUAUGGACAUUUGAAGUAUCGAGUCUCCCUCUUUGUUUUUGUGUGUAUUUUUAAAGUACAUUAAUAAGAUUGUCCAUGUAUAGGUUUGCCUUUUAUUGAUGCAUGAUAAUGUUUUGGGAAGAACUGUAUUUAUUGUCACAUAAAAAUCUGAAACAGCUUGCCUGCUAUAAUGUACAUAAUAUUAGAUUUACUUGCAGUUUGCAUUCAGAGAUAGUAUAUUGUAUGUUAUGAUUAGGUGCAGGAAUAUCUGAACACACCUUGAGAUGAAGCAGUCAUCUCCGAGUGCUUCCUAUCCUCAAUUUGUUAAAAGCAAUAUCUGCUUCACUCUGAGCUUCUUUCCCCACUUUGUGGUUUGUUCCAUGCCAACAAAUGAAUUAAAUUCUUGGAAAAGUAUUUCUGUAUAUGUGGAAUUGUGAAUAUCCCUAAGCACAGGGUAGUUUUGAGUGAGUAACAUGCAGUUCCAAGUUCAUAGUUUCCCUGAUUUAAUUAGGUCAUUUGAAAUGCUUAUUUUUCAUAUUUUUGUUACAUAAUGUCACAUUUAGCACAAAUGUUUCUUCCCAAAUUGCACUUCAAAAUUGCAUGGUUUUUCUUGUGUAUCAAAUGAUCAUGCAGUUGUAGAAUUUUGAUCUCCAAUCAUCAGUCAGUGGAGUAGUCAGCGGGUAAGGAGUGGGCCCAAUAGCAAAUCAAUCAAUCAUUAAAAACCUUUUCACCCCUUUAUUGUAAAUGCUUCAUAAACUGAUAAUAAAUGAGUUUUCUGAACUUUCUUUA